AUAGCCACCCACCCAAAUUCCCGAUCACAUAUAACCAGGGCAGCAAAACCGCCAUUUCAAAAUCCUCUAAGCUCGGAUUGGUUUCAAAGCAAUGCUGUGCAGAGUUGAUUUCACUGCCAAAAGCUUUUCAGGAUGUGGUGGCUUGUCACAUGGCAAAUGUUUCCCAUGCGCUGGGAAAUCUGCAACACUAGUGAACAUAAUACCAUGUCGCCGCGAUAAAUUUGGAAUGGUCAAUGUUUUGUGCCUAGAAACAACUGCGAGGAGCACAUCUUUUGUUUGUAAUGCCGCUAGUAGGCCUAUCAACCGUAGGAGGAAUCCGGAAUUCUCAACUUAUAACAAGCAUGGGACAUCCCGAAGUGGUAGGAACAGGAAAACCCAAGACAGUGAUGACUAUGAGAAUUUAGGAGAGUCUGAUACGUUGUCUUCGAAACCACCAAAAGCCCAACCCAAUGUAACUCCGGGCCAUAGGGAGAAGAAGAUUGUUGAACUGUUCAGGAAGGUUCAGGCCCAACUCCGUGCAAGAGCAGCAGCAACUGCGAAAGAGGAAAGGAAAGUAGAGGUGUCAAGAAAGGUUAGCGACGGUAAAGAGAGCGAAGCAGUUGAUUCUCUUGUGAAGCUUUUAAGGAAGCAUUCCAUUCAGGAAGAGGAGAAAACCAUUGGCAGUGCUGACUUAAUUCAGGAAGAGGAGAAAACCAUUGACAGUGCUGACUUCAUUCAGGAAGAGGAGAAAACCAUUGAUAGGUCUGACGAGGGCAAAGAUGUGAUUGAAUCUAAAAUCAUUUCGAUGCUUGAGAAACAAGAGAGUGAAGCGACUGUAUUGGACCGACCAAAAUCAAACUUCAGAAAGAGAUCGCCACUUUCGAGGGUCAAGAUUCAGUCCAGUUAUUCUUUUGGGGAAGAUUCACUAGAUGCAAUUGCACCUGUCGAUGCCGAUGGGGAAAGUAACAAAUUAAGUUCAGAUGAAGAUGCGAGUAGUGAGAUUCAUAAUGGCAACAUUCAAGAAGAAGAAGAAGAAGAACAAGAAGAAGAAGAAGAACAAGAAAAAGAAGAGGAAGAAGAAGAAGUUGACACUGACAAGUUGCACGAAAUGACAGUACUUGAACUGAGGGGGCUUGCGAAGUCCCGUGGUCUGAAAGGGUACUCAAAACUGAAGAAAGUAGAGCUGAUUGAGAUGCUGGGAAAAAUUUGAUGUUUAUUCUACACAACCAAACUGGAAUUUAUGUAUACAAAGUGUAGUUUUUCAGUUGUUUUGGGCAAAUGUUGUUUUGACUGCUAUGCUGGUCUUAAACUCUUAAAGUCUGCAGUUCCUUUACAUGUGUGUGUUAUAAUCGAUUGUUCUGUUCUUCUGUUUCAAAGAAUUAAUGUAAAAUUGUCCUACCUUUUCUUACAUUAGUCCAACUUCCUAAAUAAGUGGUAUUGUGAAAAUAAACACCUGAAUUAAAAUGAAAGGAUGAUUAUUUU